AUGAGGGUGUCUUGUAGCCAAAGCGCUCUGACGAACAGCAUCUUAAAGGUUAGCUAUGGGGGGGCCCCAACUAUCCACCUUUCAUCUAAGGUUGAACUAGCGACACCUCUUAGUUCUCCCUCUGGGGAUGUCAUUGUCACGGCUCUCCACGAGCACGCAGAGAGGCUGCGACUAGCGCUAGUGGAGCAGGAGAGCCUCACCAAAGGUCCCUGGUUUGCCCAAAAGUGGCUGGGGAUCGACAAGAAUGCAUGGAUGAGGAGCGUGGGAUAUCAGGCCGCAGUGCACGCUCUCCUAAAAGCUGCAGGGGACGUGGCCGACCGGGGGGAGGCCCGUGACCGGGACGCCCAUACAGUUGUCAUUAAGAGUCUGGCCAGACAACGAGCGCCCUUGGAAAGUGCAAUCACUGCGGCUCUGGAUGCACGUGACCCUCUGGCGGGGGGCUGGUUCUGGGCUGUACCGUACCCCCCUGCCCUGCAAAGCCUCCUUGGGGUUCUCGAAAACGAUGGCCGGUUUGGGGUGUGUACAGCCUUGAGGGAGGCCGCUUGUGAACCAGGCGUGGAGAGCGACGCCGCCCUCUUGAAGAUGGCUUUACACGUGGAGGGGGCGGUGGCCAAGCUGGGCCAGGCGGCCAUGGACUGUGACCCCUUCCCGGCCAUUCUGGAGGAGGAGGUCGAGAAGCUGAUGAACCUGCUUGGCACGCUCGUGUCGUCGGAAAAGGUCUACGAGACGGCUUGCGCCUCGGGCCUGCGCCGUGAGUUCUUGGAGCGCUACGCACGGCGCGCUGCGGAACGCCUGAGCAACAACGCACGGCUUAUCGCCCCUGAGGAGAAGGCCUUCUGGAUCGACCUGGUGGAGCGGCAGCUCGGGGUUGCGCUUGCCAGAGAGGGGCCCGAUCUGCUAGGCAUGGCAAGAGCGCCACAGGAGGAUUCCUCCCCCGACUCUCUCAAGACGGACCUCGCCAUCUUCGGUUUCUUCGUCGCGCUCGGCCGCAGCACCCGCCUGUUCCUCAGCGCAAAGGGCGCCGCAGAGGACGAGGCCAUGGGGGGUCUCCUGCGCUACUUCGAGGGGGGGGGCGUCCUUUUCUACCCGGAACUCGCGCGGUUGCCCCUGUUCCAGCUGUUCGUGGAGGUCGUCUGCGAGGAAAUGCAGUGGCUGCCGUUCUACCCGGGGGAGGAGCUCAGCGCGGGCAGCGGGGACCACGGCCAUGGGGGAGCGGCGCUGCCGCUGGCGAGCAGGGCCGAGAGGGCUGCUGCGUUGGCCAAGGCGGCUGCCACGUGUCAGCGUUGGCUGGAGGACUUCGAGGCCCACAGCCGCCACCUGCGCUCCCACCCCCAGUCCCGUGCCGCCCGCUUUCUCCGCGGUUGUAAAAGCCGCCUUGCCGCCUGCAACGCCGUCCUCGCAAAACCCCCCCCGAGACAAAUCCCCGGGGUGCCAAAACCUUCCUCCGUCACAGUCCCCCAGAUCGAGACGGAAGCCUCGGAACUAGACCGGGGACUCUUUUCAGCCGUGGGGAGGGCCACUGCCGGGGGCUUCCGGAACGUUGGACGGCUGUUCUCGCGCCCAAAAUCGGAAGUAAAACCCGCGGCACCAAGAGAUGUGCCCCCCCGGAAGAGCGUGCAGUCGCAGCGGUUCUCGCACCCCCCUCCUCCAACCGGGGCAUUCCCCCGACCGCCCUCGACCUCCUCCUUGUCCUCUUCUUCUUCGUCCGGGUCGCUGUAUUCGGACGACGACCUUCCGUACGAAGGCGGGCAGUUCUGGGAGUCAGGGUCCGGUUCCGCUUUCGGUGGGCCGGAUUCCGGGCAGCCGGAGGAGGACGACGAGCUGCGCACGAUGGAGCGCCAGCUGUCGCGGUUUGAUUCGGAACUGAGCGGCGUAGAUGCGGCAAUGGAGAAGCUGGACCGGCUGGUGCAGGAGAGCGAAGGGGGCGCGGCGCAGAAAGGGGACGUGGAGACGCUCAAGAAACUCAAGGGGGAGGUUGAGGCGCUGGAGGCCGUUUUCAAGACGAAGAAGGCGGAGGUAGAAAAGGGGCUGCGGAAGAAGAAGCGGCGAAAAAACAAGGGAACGGGAACAGUCAUCAUUGAUUCGGACAAGCAGGAAGUCUGGGGGUCCGCUGGGUGGCAAGAUGCCGUUGGCCGCGCUGGGGCCCUCUUCGGCGUCGGCCCACUCCCCGACCUACCCAACCCGUUAGAGUGGUUUAGCGAAACCCCCGAAAAACCCCGAACUUCUUCUUCCGCCAUCCAAGCGCCCCCAAGUCCCGUUUCCGUUCCGUGGUCGUUGCCAAUCUUCUCGGAGGAGGAGCGACGGCAAGCGGAAGGGGGCAGAUCCGACGCGGCGAGAAGCGGGGAGCUGUCGCCGGAGGAGAAGCGGGGCAUCAUCGAAGCGGAGCUAGCGAGGGCGGAGAACCAAAGCAAUGGCCGACCGGCAGCAGAUGCCGCGGAGGCAGCGGCUUAUGGGGAUGCACCUUACUGGGAGGAGGACUCCCCAGUCGCGGCAGCGGCGGGGGACUACCGCCAAUUUCUGGCCGCUUCAAUUGACAAGCUCAAGCAGGGCGGAGAGGACGCGUGGCGCGGGACGAAGCUCCUGGGCAGCGACGUGGCGGCGGCGCUGGGGCUGCUGCAGCGGGGGGCGCGCGGGCAGAGCCUAUCCGCGCGCGAGCAGCGCUUUUUGAAACGGACGCUGACGGACGUGGCGUCCGUCAUCCCGAUCGGCAUCGUCAUGCUGCUGCCCAUCACGGCGGUCGGGCACGCCUUCUUCCUGGCCAUGCUCCAGAAGUACGCGCCAGGCCUGAUCCCUAGUACGUUUGCCUCGGAGCGGCUGGGCCUUCUGAAGCGGUUCGAGCAGGUCAAAACAAUGGAAGCUCAACAGAUGGACGUUCUAAGCGAGAGGGAUCCGAUCGAAGAGCAGAAACCGGGUGUCCGGGAUCCGAACGGUCAAGCGGGCGUGUCCGACGAUGGGGAAGAAGCAGUGGCGGGUGUGCGGCAAUCAUUAGCAGAAGGACUAGACAAGGGGACGGCUUCGAACGGGCAAAUGAGUCUAGGCACUACGAAAUGGUCUCGGCUUGGUACGGAGCCUCCAGGCACAGCUCUCGGAGAGGAGCUUGAGGGGAGACAUAAGGAGGAGAGUGGCGGCAUCGGCCGAAAAUGAGCGAAAGGUGAUGGUACCUGAGUUAGCCAUGUAAAAAUUUUGUUUAGUAAAGUUGUCUACAAUCCAAGGGACUAGUAGAUGUCGCAUAUUUCUUAGCUUCUCGUCGCUGACUUUAGAGAAGCGCGAGAGGGAUGUGCUGUAGAGAUGGAUCAGCUCAUCAAGUGAUUCACUCCGUCUCGCAUAUAUGUUGUGAUUCUACCCAGGAGAACCCCGUGAUGAGAUUGUAUACUCAAUCGGAGCCAG